AUGAAUUUCACUAUCAAGAUCAUAAAGAUCAUAAGAACUUUCUCUAACUUUCCAAGAAAUUUUCACUCAUUUUCGUUAAAACUGGCCACACCACUAUACCAUUCUGAAAUUGCUCCACCAAAAUGGCGAGGAGCUUUCAACUCAGGCUUCCAAUUAUUUAUUGGAAAAGGUGUGGUUGCAGCAGUUUGCAUAAAAUACUUUACUGCUAAGCACACGUGGGGUUGGCGACUCUUUCUUGGACUAGCAAUGGUUCCUGCAGCUGUGAUAACAAUUGGAGCUUUUUUCAUAACCGACACACCUAACAGUUUAGUCGAACAUGGAAAUAUAGACCAAGCCAGAAAAGCAUUGCAUAAAAUCAGAGGAUUCUCCAUUGAUAUUGAACCUGAGUUAGAAGAAUUGAUUAAGUGGACAGAAAUUGCAAAAUCAGUGCAACAAGAGCCGUUUAUGACCAUAUCUGAGAGAAAAUAUCGACCUCAUUUGGUCAUGGCAUUUGCAAUCCCGUUCUUCCAACAACUCACAGGAAUCAACAUCGUCGCUUUCUAUUCACCUAACCUCUUUCAAUCUGUUGGUUUGGGAAACAGUGGCGCUUUACUUUGUGCCAUAAUACUUGGACUUGUCAACCUUGCCUCUAUCCUGCUCUCUGCUGCUUUUGUUGAUCGGUUUGGUCGAAGAUUCUUGUUCAUUACAGGUGGCAUUCUAAUGCUUUUUUGUUUGAUUGCAAUGUCUGCAGUGCUAGCUUUGGUGACUGGUGUUGAUGGUACAAAGAACAUAUCAAAGGCCAAUGCAAUAUUAGUAUUGGUGUUUCUGUGUUUCUAUGCUGCAGGUUUUGGAAUUGCUUUGGAGUCAAUGCACAUCAUAUGGGGCAAACAUUGGUUUUGGAAGCGCUUCGUCAAAGAAGAAGUUCAUAACAACAAUCUUCCAUGA